AUGGGAAUUUCGGACGAUGCACUUGACCUGGUUCUGCAGAAGUGGGCUUGGGCAAAGGGGGAAGAGGCUGCCAUGAAGAAGACGAUCGAAAUGUGCAAGACACAAGUUGAGAAGGCGAUGCAAGAACGCAAGACCGAGGUGAUCAACACCGGCGCUUACGAAGUGAAGAAGUCCCAGCGGCAGACGGAGCACGUCUCCAAGAAGGACUUGCCGGCCAACAUUUGGAGCAAGUAUGCAAAGACCUCGAAGUUCAGCGUUUUGGCCUUCAAAGCCCUCAAGGGCAAGGGCGCCAUGAAGUCGAAGGCGAAAGCGAAAGCCAAGGCAAAGUCCACUGCGAUGAAGAAGGGAUAG